GAGUAAUAAGAGAAUGCUGUUCUCAUAGAAGGAUGAUUGUAAGUGUAUUGCUAUGUACGUUUGAAGAUCUCCGUAUCAUUGAAAGGAAGAAUGACUCUCGAGGAGAAACUACAGCGAACAAGCAACGUCUAGAAAUGUUAUGCAUGCAAAAGGAAAGAUCAGUUGCUGAAAUAUAGCGUGUGCUAUCUAAGGCGACAUGAGGCACGUAAUUAGAAAAAUCCCAUUCAAAUUAAUCGACAACCAGCGUAUAAGAAAUCAACAAAAGGAAAUCAUUUCAUUAUAACGUGGAAUAGAAAGAACCAGAACAAAGCACAGGCAUGGAGCCAGCUGUUACCAUGAGAUCAGUACUGAGCCUGAAGCUGGAAAGAGAGAGAGAGAGAGAGAGACUAACACCCGAGUAGCGCCUUCUGCGUCGGCACAUUUCCACGGUAUUUCACAGGAAACCAAAGCUUGAGCUCUCUUUAACAGCUGUGCGGUGUUUGUUGGCUUCAGUGCUCGUGUUCAUAAAAAAAAAUGAAAGAAAAAGAAAGCAAUUGAUGAAGUAUAGGAACGAGGAAAAAAGAACAAACAAAGCGAUUCCUAAAAUACGUGGCAAGCCACUACAAGGUGCAUCAUCGCUUCAUCGCGCAGCACGGCGAAAGUGGCAGUAACGACGAACUUAGGAGCAACAGAGCUGUCGAGAAGUCACUCUCAGGAGCAACAGGCGACUCUCGGAACGAACAAGAUGGUCGCAAAGAAAGACGCAAGCUUCUUUGUCCACAGUGAAGCAACUGUCCGCGAUAUUGCAACGAAGGUGGUGGAGACACAGGAGGAAGACAACUCUUUCUUUAUAUGUGACCUGCUUGAACUGAAGAGGACGCUCGAGCUAUGGCGCCAGCAGCUGCCAAGGGUGAUUCCAUAUUUCGCGAUAAAGUCGUGCACAGAUCGCAUCGUCAUUCGAACUCUGGCGAUGGAAGGAGUCAACUUUGACUGUUCGAACAAGAGGGAAAUUCAAACCGUCCUGAGCACUGGAGUCGAUCCUAGCCGAAUCAUCUACGCAAAUCCAGCAAAACAAUCGUCUCACUUGGAAUUUGCUGAAAGCGCUGGCGUGACUUUAAUGACCUUCGACUGUUUGGAAGAACUGCAGAAGAUUAAGGACAAGAAUGCCAGGUUACUGUUGAGGAUUUCACCGCAAGAAGAAAAUCGGGAAGAACGAAUGGCACGAAAAUACGGUUGUCGUUCUUCCGAAGCUGAACAUAUUUUACGUGUUGCCACUGACGAGGGCCACACUGUCGUCGGCAUUGCCUUUCAUAUUGGUGGAAGACAUUUCAAUUACGAGAGCUAUCGCGUUGCCAUUGAGAAAGCAAGGCAUCUGUUCGACCUCGGCGCUCAGAUGGGAAUUGAAAUGACAGUGCUCGACAUAGGAGGAGGAUUUCUGGGAAGCACCCGGAUGCGAGAUUCCUUCAUUCAAGUGUGCGAAACUGUGCGAUCAGCCUUGGAUGAGCACUUCCCGGAGUCUAGCGGCACAUAUAUCAUGGCCGAGCCAGGGCAGUACAUGGUGACAUCCUCAUACACGCUGGCUGUCAAGGUGGUCGCCAAGAGGACGAGGCAAAUGAGCGUCGAUGGAGAACUUCGUCCGUACCACGACGUUUACAUAAACGAUAGCAGAGAGAACUGCAUUCCUCGGGGAAAUUACGAUAUCUUGAGCAUCAGAUAUCACCCGCUCAGCCCCCCCCACGAACGUGUGGCCAAGGACCUGACGACGCUGUGGGGUGCCACGUGCCAUCCCAUGGACAAAUUCGAAGACCACGUGCCAUUCUACGAGGUCUCCGUGGGCGAGUGGCUCCUUAUGGACAACGUGGGUGCCUACGGGCUGGUCAAGGCAUGCGGCUUCAACGGAACCGGCUUUCCGCCGGUCCACUACAGGACUUUGGCAGCUGACGUCCCUCGCGUCUGCAGCAUUAUCGAGGAGUCGCACAUCUUGCCGGGCUACAGUCAACCGCAGAGCGUCGUGAUGGAGGAGGCUCAUUGAGACAACGGUCGAAACCGUACAGUUUCAUACUGUGUUUAGAGUAUAGCUGGCUAGAGGAAUGUACUUCAGGGCGACCUCUCUGCGUCUCGCAUCACUAAAAAUUUCUCUCUCUCUUUUCUAUAUCUAUUGCAUAUUAUACGGAGAUUACAAGAAAUAAAUAUGGCCGUGGUGUACGAAAAUCAUGGGAAUCAUGAGUCGCGCAUAAAGCAUAUAUUGUUUUGCGAUUUGUAGCGCCUUUGUUGAGGAAACACAUUGCAGAUUCUUUUGUUUGUCUUGUUCAAUAUUUAUUAAUGCUUAUAGAGACAUACAAACACCAGACAAAUGAAAGAAAAAAGGUGUCAUCCACCCGAUUGUAGCCCGAAGCUACAAGAUAAUUCGUACGGUUUUGUCAGACAAAGGCUAUGUCUUCAAAACUAUACAAUCAGGGUAUUCCAACAACGGUAGCGAUAUGAAACCAAAAUUUGAAGAGCAAAAAUGAUUUAAAGGAAGUGGCCGCGCAACGAGCCAUUAAACGAGAAAAAUAUUACGCGCCAGGUUCAGUGAUGGUUGGACGGCCCUGUGAAUUCGAGAUCAGUAUCACAAAUUCGAGACUCAUUCAGAUAUUUCGCCCCCUCCCCUCCCCCAUUCAGAGGCGCCGAUCUCGACACAACGUCGAAUAUUGUGACGCAUAGCUUACUUCGUGUGGCCUAUCGUUUGCAAGCUGGGCGAAGCGGAUGACAGCAGCGCUCUUGCUAUCGUCUGGUUAAAAAAAAAAAAAAAAAAAAAAAACAA